UAACAAAACGGUCCCAUUUGAUAUUAAAAACCUCAAAAUAUGCAUUCUCCCUCUCUUCUCCAAAACUCUCAGCUUCUCCUCAACACAAAAAACAUGGAGAGAACAAGCAACUUAGCUUGGCUGGCUGAGCUGAAACUGCCAGAGAUGCUCGACUCAGAAACAGUGAAAUCAUUGCAUGCUAUUAUUGAUAACAAAUGGGGACCUGUUCAUCGAAGUGCAUGCCAAACUGCUGCAGGCCGAGCCCUGUGGAAUCAUGUGAUUCAUGACCCACUGGCUGGAGCUUUGGCCGGUGAGAGUUAUCUUAAAAGUCUUUAUGAGAAGAUGAGGAAAGAUUGGCUUCAUAAUUCCAGGGAAGUGUCUGGGGUGAUUUUAGCUAUUCGUACCUUGUGGUUUGAUGCUAAGCUUGAAGCGGCAAUUAAUUCGUUUGAUUCUAUCGACGAUGGAGGAGCUCAGGUUGUUCUCCUUGGUGCAGGUAUGGAUGCAAGAGCCUACCGUCUUUCUUGCCUGAAAGAAUGUGCAGUAUUCGAAGUCGAUUUUAAAGAUUUACUGGAAGUGAAAGCCUCUCUUAUACAGGAAGCAAUGGGAUCCUCAGAGCACCAGCAGAAAUCAAUGACUGCCAAGUCUUUGAUUAGGGUCGCAGCUGACAUUAGAGACAAUGAUUGGAUCGAAAAACUCAGAAGAUCAGGCUUUGUUCCUGACAAAAAAACAGUGUGGAUGCUUGAAGGUAUCAUUUAUUACCUUCCUCACUCUGAAGCCAUGAAUGUGCUUCAAUCUAUAGGUGCUCAGUGUGCCAUGACUCAAACUGUUCUCAUCUCUGACUUCAUGAACAAGCCCUCAGUGUCUCUAUCCCCUUCAAUGUUUCAUUUUUAUAGUGAUUGGCCAGACCAAUUGUUGCCAACUCUUGGAUUUUCUCAUGUUAAGCUUUCACAAAUAGGGGAUCCUGAUGCCAAUUUUGGAUUGCUGCAUGAUCCGCAAAAUUUGUUUACCAAGCUUAGGAACUUGCCAAGGUCAAUACAGACUCAUCCAGAGGAUGGAGCUCCUUGUCGGCGGUUAUAUCUUGUCGAGGCCUCAGGUUCUCCAGAGCGAGCAACCUAAAGAGAUAUCAAACAGCCAUGAUUCAUCACUUCAGUUUAUUAUAUGCUACAUAUACCUUCCACAUUUUGGAUUAGAUAUAAGGGAAUCGGAAUCUUUCAGUUUCCCGUAAUAUUGCCAAUGCUUAUAAAUGAUAUUUCUCAAAUUUCAGUAAUCGAAGCAUGGCUUGAUGACAACUCUAUUCUAACUACUCCGUCUUGAGUUUGGAGUACCACUCUAAUUUUGUGGGUAUAUUUUUUAUGACUAUGUUCAUUUGUUUCAGUGAACGUGAAUUGUAUGGAUGUACUACUUUCAGUAA